AUGCAAGACGACGAGAAAGCGUAUUUACCUUCUCAAGGACCUGUACAAGAAGUGAACGAGCAUGAUACUCAUCAUGUCGAUGCGGAAAAGGAUGAUGAGGCGGCUAAAUUUCUCGCCGAAGUGGCCAAUCGACCUGAUGCGGAAGAGCUGCUUGCGCCAUUAGGAGAAGCAGAGAAGAGAAAGUUACUGUUGAAAGUCGAUUGGAUCAUGGUACCUCUUCUUGGUGUGGCACUGAUGAUGGGAUCAGUCGACAAAGUUUCUUUGGCAACUGCGGCAGUGAUGGGUUUCCGAGAGGAUACACAUCUUAUAGGCCAGCAAUAUUCACUUACAUCAUCAGCGAUUUACUUCGGGGCUAUCGCUGCUAUCAUCCCUUCGCUCAUGUUGAUGCAGAGAUUACCACCUCAUAUCUAUAUAUCUGCCAAUGUCACUAUCUGGGGGAUCAUCACCUUGUGUCUUCCAGCUUGCAAGAAUUACGCUCAAGUCAUGGUCGUAAGGAUUCUCUUGGGUGUAUUUGAAUCAGUCAUUUUCGCAGGUUUCGGUCUGAUCGUAUCGAUGUGGUGGACUCGAGACGAGCAACCUGUUCGAACAGCCUUUAUCUUUUCUACCGCAUCCUCCCUGUUCAAUGGGAUUUUCGCGGUGGCUGCAUGGAAUUACAAGGGCCAGGGUGUUGCACGGUGGCAACUACUCUUCCUGAUCGUCGGCGCAGUCACCCUGGGAUGGUCUUUCCUUCUGUGGGGUUUCUUACCUGCAAAUCCAACCAAGGCUAGAUGGUUAUCUCUGAGACAGAGAGUAGUUGCUACUAGACGAAUGCAAGAUAAUCAUACGGGUAUCGAAAAUAAGACUUUCAAGAGGGAUCAAUUUAUCGAAGCGUUCUUGGAUCCCAAGACGUGGUUUUAUUUCUUCAUCAAUAUCUCACUCAAUGUACCGAAUGGUGGUCUGGUAGGAUUCAACUCUAUUGUAGUUAAAUCACUUGGUUUCACAACACAAACAACUCUUCUUUUGGGUAUCCCAACAGGUCUCGUCUCUUGGUUAUCUUCCUUCUUCUGGGGAUGGGUAGCCACUAAAACGGGAAAACGACAUCUCAGUGCGAUGGGUUCUUGUGUUCUGCCAUUGAUUGGAACUGUCCUCUUGUACAAAUUGGAAAGAAACUCGGUAGCUCUUCUUUAUCUUUACUUGUGUUACAUGUACUGGGGUCCGUACAUCGUCAUGAUGGGAUCGAUGUACGCCAACACCGGUGGAUAUACGAAGAAACUCACUGUGUACGCUAUGAGCUAUAUCGGGUAUUGCGUUGGUAACAUUAUUGGCCCCCAAACAUUCUUGACCAAACAAGCGCCAUUGUACGUAGGCGGAGUCGUCGCGAUGUUAGUCUGUUAUUCGGCUGCUUUAGUCUUGAUGGGUCUCUUCUGGCUUUACCUUCGUCAUUUGAACGCCAAGAAAGCAAUAGAGUACGAACGCCUCAAGACUCAGUUGGAGUCUGAAGAUCAACUCUUGAGUGAUUGGCAGGAUUUGACGGAUAUCAAAAAUCCUCGAUUCGUCUAUGCGUUGUGA